AAUGUGACAUUUACUCUCCGUUUGAGAUCGAAAGUUUAUAUCCCUAUCAGGAUAAUUAAAAAAGAAUUGUAUUAGUUAUCCAUAAAAGUGGUACUAAGUGUAAUUAUACCAAAAUUUACACGGAUCGUUCUACAAAGGAAAUCCCUUAUCGCUGCCGCUGAGGUAUACAAUGAAAACGUUCGAUCUCAACAUCUCUUUCCGCUCGAGCUAAUUGUCGUUUCUUCUUUCAAUUUUCGCACCCUUUUUCUAUUUCAUUCUUGAUUCCACUCGUUUCUCCGUUUGUGGCGUCUCAGCUGCGAGCAAUGGUACUCACCAACUUCAAUGGAGCUGGCGUUGGAUUCGGAAUGCCUUUGAACUUCUUGGGCCUUGGCGCGGGUGGUGGGUGUGGCGUUGGAUUAGGACUUGGAUGGGGAUUUGGCACAGCUUUCGGGAGUAAGUAUCGGUCCUCAAGGAUGAUAUUUCAGGGAAUGGAAUUCGACAGCAAGGAUCAAAAUCAGAGUUAUGAUAUCAAGGAUUCGAAAGAUUCAUCCAGAAAUUCCAGAAAACUUUGAGCUUAAUAUCUCCCUUAUUAUUGGCUAGUUUAAUUAAGCCUUCAGCAUUUUGGGCUCUUUUGAACCCUUUUUGGAUGGAAUUGUGACAACAUCUGAUCGAAUACUUGCACCGCACUACAUCUGAUUGUAUAAAGAUUACCUUUCUCUUGUCCGCUAACUUUUCAGAAAAACAGUAAAGUUGGUAAAACUCCUAACCGUAAGGUCACUCACGAUC